AUGUUCCAAUUCGAGCCAUGUUGUUGUUGUGGCAAUGAUUGUGGCUUCAAGCUGAGACGUAGGAAGCGUGCAACCAACUUCAGAGCGACUCGGCAUGGUCGGGACUACUAUGUGUUGCCAUUGAUCAAUACGGAUCAAAAACCGAAUCCUGAUCAGAAUCCGCACGAUCAAGCCCAUCAUCAUUAUAAGAAGUCGAAGAAGAAUCGUCACUUCUACCAUCACCAUCAUCAUCACCACUUCUUCCACAGCUAUGCGGACGGUCAGGAGUGCAAGUGUGCUUGCCCUGAGGGGCCUUGUGGUGGGUUUGGUAGUAACGGUCAAGCGGCUAGUGACCAGCCUGCUCAGGAUCCGGCUUCGAAUUCUGGCUUCGGAUCGAAUUCGAAUUCAAAUUUUGGCGCCAAUUCAGGGUCAAACUCGAACUUUGGCGCCAAUUCAAACUCCGGCUUCGGAUCGGCUUCAAAUUCCAAUUGCGGCCAGAGCUGUAGAUGCUCAAACUGCCCAUGUGGAUCUACCAACUCUCAAAACGCCUUCAAUCCGCCUUCUGGAGCCAACAACUUCAAUUCGGCUUCUGGAGCCAAUACCUUCAAUUCGGCUUCGAAUCCCGGCUUCAAUUGCCAAUUCUUGGCGUCAAACUCAAACUGUGGCUCCAACUGUCAACCAUGUAGCCAAUCAGCCUGCCCAUGUGGUGCUCCAGCAUAUAGUCCGCCUGAAGCCGGCUUCAGCGCUCAAGCUGGACCAACUGGCUUUGGAAGCGCACCAAAUGGACAAUAUGGCUCGUAUGGCCAACCUUGUCCACUACCUGAGCCGAUACCUUGUAAUUGCGAGAAUCUGAACCUGAAAUGCAAUUGCGAACCAUUAAAGUGCAACUGUGAGCCAAUUAAGUGCAACUGCGAGCCUAUGAAAUGCAAUUGUGACAACCUCAAUCCAAUGGGUACCAGUGUACCAAACAUGGAUUCAAGCGUCAAUUCGGAAGGCUCUAGUCCAAACAAUGGCAUCGGCGGAGGACUGAACGCCUUUAUGAACUUUGCCAACAGCUUCGGCUCCAAUCCCGGCUUCGGAACCGGUUCCGGCUUCGGAUCCGCCCCACCUGGCUUCGGAGCAAACCCAGGUCCAUAUGGCAACAAUCCCAGCUUUGGACUUAAUUCUGCAUAUUCUGGUACCGGCGGAUUUGGUAGUGGUACUAGUUUUGGGUCAAGUGGCUUCGGAUCAACACCAAACGCCUUCAGCUCAAAUCCAGGCUCUUUUGGCUCGAAUCCAGCCGGCUAUGGCUCUAAUCCCAGCUACGGUGCAAACACAGUAAACCAAGGAGCAAGUACUACUGAUAAUGAUAACGAACCAUCGCCUGAAGACUGCCAGUACGUCGAGAACGCGAUGCGAUGGCUAGGCCAACAACAACAACGCGAAUCCCAAGCCUCACAAUCGACCGGUUGUAAUUGUGGCUACAACAACUAUGGCCAAAAUUUCAAUAGCUUUGGCCAGGAUUUCAACAAAUUUGGCCAAGACUUCAACAAAUUUGCGGAAAAUCCCCAAGAUUUUAACAAAUACCCCAGCGAUCAGUUCGAAACCCCGCCCAAUUUCAACAACUUCCAAAAUAGUCAAGACCCCAACUAUAACACUCAAUAUGCCCAACAAUCGACCGGUCCUUUCGGCUUCUUCCAACAACUUUUCAACCGCAAAAAACGCGAAAACCCGUCAAUGGCCGACAAGAUUUUCGACUUUUUCUUCCCCCUUCAAGACGAUUUCGAACAAUUUCACAACCAAUUUCAACGAGACUUUGUCAACAACAACAAGGUGGAUGAGGAACCGCAGAAGCCAAGACCGAGGAGAUGUUGUGAUUGCUGUUGUUGUUGUUGUAAUGCGAAAAAAGUCGACUGA